UAGAUAUCGAGGAAAACAAGCAGGUUGUCCGCAUACAGAUAUACCAGCGUCACGUAUGCUGCAUAAUAGAUUCUGGCCCGGAUCAGAUCUAUACCGUUUACGUGUCCGCUCCCAACAGCAGAUAUAAAAGCGGCUACGAAUCCGCAUUACCACUAGGUGCUCCUUUAGUUUCGUUGCUGAUACUAGGUAUAAGGUUUUGUAUUUGCACCUUAGCAAUUUACCUCAACAUCCACCUACUGGUCACCUGCUGAUAUGGACUCGACGCUGUUCUCUGCCAAGAACGCUCCGCCCGACAUUCUCAGUCUUAUUUUCGACCGUCUUGAGUAUGGCAAGAGGUUGAGUAAUGAGUGGGAAAAGUUGGAUGAGGGUUUUGCGCAGGUCUGCCGCUCAUGGAGAACUGCUGCGCUUGCCCUACUUUUAUCGAAAACGCCGAAACACUUCUCGAGCCUGAGUUGGAUGAAUCUGAGUAUCAUCCUGAGAUGGAUUACCCGGAUCUCUCCCUGGCUGCUACUGCUGGACACAGUGGACUUGUCCGUUCAACACAUCUCCACGCCUCGCUCGAUCACAUUACCGGACGGCACCUCCACCGCUAUGCUAAGCGCUCAUGCUCUGGACCACGGCAGUUUUCCCAAAUCGAUCGAAAUGUAUGACGACGAUGACUGCUCGGAAGAAGUCGAUUCAUUCAUCGAGCGUAUCCGCCAGCUGUUUCCCAACGCACAGGACUGCUCGUUCAUUGUUCGUGCAGGGCUGUGGGCAGGCGAGGAGGACAUGUGCAAGGACCUAAUGGGUAUCAUUGCUCCAGCGCCGAGAACAUUGAUAUUCCGCGACCUGGCGAAUGAAGACGCCAGUUCUGCAUGGGACACUAUUGAGGAGCUGGUGCUUCGUUUAACGCCGAAUGACGGCGAUGACAUAACUAUCGGGGAAAUAGCAGACGAGCUGGCUCCUUUAUUCAGCUACCCGUUCCCGGAGCUAACCAGCCUCACUAUCGAGACAGGACAGGAUAUGAAUGGGAAUUUUGAUAUGCCUGAUGACAACCCGUUCCCAUCGCUGACCAGUCUUUCUCUGAAGACAUACUGCAACCUUGACAUCAGUGCUAUUAUUGACGACGCCGGCGAAAACCUAACAUCGCUUACGCUUUAUCUCUCUGGACCCAUUUUCUGUUCGCUUCGAGGCCGUGUGUUUCCUAACCUGACUUGUGUCCGUAUUCGGAACACUGCCUUCUCGACUGCAUUCAAUGCUGUAGAGGAUGUAGUUGAGGCUGCGCAUCUGCCGUUUUUGAUUGCACCAAAUGCCGAGCAUAUCGAGAACUGCUACGACCCGUUCAGCUUUGGCCAGUGCUCACCGUUUAUCAUCCCGCAAGACCACUUGAACCCGCAGCUUCGCCAUCUAAUCAUCAGAAAGGUCAUGCCUACCCUUGGCGGAUUCCAGCAUAUUCUGGCCAGAUUGGAGUUGAAGGGAAUCGGACCUGACGAAGAUGCCUCUAACUACUUUGACUAUAUUAGCAUGCUGUUGACGGAGCUCCCAGUCUUUAGCACUAGUCUGAGACGGAUUGACUUGCAGAAGCUGAUGGUCACUGAUGGAACUGUCAGCGAAUCACUGAGGCAUUAUAAGCAAGAAAUCGACAAGUCGGUAUACGACGAGUAUCGCGACAGCCUGGACAGACCGCUAUUCAGUAGCAAUCGUGUUUGGUAGGCUCAGCUUAAUUUCCGUUCACCAUAUAUUUGUUUUAGCCUUGAGAAACUACGUAUCCGUGUGUAUUUAUAACGAAUCAUUGUCAUUGGGCUUGAAGCACAACAUUGAAACCUGCUGCCAAUAAGUGGUUUGUCCAAG